CAAAAGCACACCACUUUCUUUUCACGAUGAACACCGCCAAGACAUCGCAACUGGAUGAGCGGGAGACGCUCAGCGGAUGCCAGCGGAUCUACUCGACGCUUUUAGAGUUCGGAAGAGUUCAAAGCAGCGGCACCAAAGUGUACCUGCGCGAACUCUUUGAAACCGCUCGCUGCGACCACGUGAAAGAUCUGAGUGCUCGGCGCGAUGCCUACGAGGACUAUGUGAACACGUACAGCCCCGGUGGCAUGGAGCGCAUCCUGGACUAUCGCGAUACCCAUCGGGACGCCGAGGUGGCAAAGCAGGCGGUUUUACACAUGUUUUUCAACGACCGUCAGGUGCUCUACAACGCGCUGACAUUCCACAACCUGAUGCUCAACCUGUUCAUCUUUGAGCGGCCAAGUCCUUGGCGGGUUGUCAACGAGCCCAGCGCACCGAGCGCCACAACUCCAGCAGAUCGCUAG